UUCCCAUUUUCCUUCUAACCCAAUAUUUCCCCCCAUUCUUUCAUUUUUUUCUUGAUUAUUCUUUGUCUCCUCCGGCCGGAGAUGGGAAGUGUUGGGCUGUUGAGGAACACCACCAUGGUCUGCGCUCCAUUGGCGGCUCCGUCCGUGGCGGAGCUGAUCGCCGGAAUGCACAAGGCGAAAUCACAGGGAGCUGAUUUGGUGGAGAUCAGGCUUGACUGUAUCCAGCAUUUCAACCCCAAACAGGACCUUGAAAUGAUCCUCAGAAAUAGGCCUCUCCCUGUCCUCAUUGUUUACAGACCAAUAUGGGAAGGUGAUAACAUUGAAUGUGAUGAUGAUGAUGACAAGCAACUUGAAACACUUUGUCUAGCCAGAGAACUGGGAGCAGAUUAUGUUGACUUUGAUCUCAAGAUGGCUUAUGAUUUCACGGUGAGAGAAGAAGAAAAGCGAAAGGGAAAGAAGAUCUUAGUGACAUUAUUGCCCGUAUGCAAUCUACUGGCUGGGCAGAUAUCAUUAAAGUCGUUGCCUAUGCAAGUGAUAUUACAGAACUUCCAAAGCUAUUCCAUUUGCUUUCACAUUGUCAGGUACCAGUUAUUGCCUAUUCUAUUGGAGAAAGAGGUCUUAUAAGUCAGCUGUUGGGCCCUAAAUUCGGUAGUGUCUUAGUAUACGGAUCCGUUGAAGGGAAUCCAAAGGUGCCCGGUUUGCCAAGUAUUGAUCACCUUAGACGAGCGUAUCAAAUUGAAGACAUAGAUGGAGAUACUAAAGUUUUUGGCUUAAUCUCGAAACCGGUGAGCCAUAGCAAAGGGCCUCUCUUGCAUAACCCUACAUUCAGACACAUGGGUUACAAUGGGAUUUAUGUUCCAAUGCUUGUAGAUGACCUUGAAGAGUUUUUUAAGGUCUAUUCAAGUCCUGAUAUUGGUGGCUUCAGUGUUGGGAUACCAUACAAGGAAGCAGUAGUCAAAUUUUGCGACGAAGUCCAUCCGCUUGCUCAGUCCAUAGGGGCUGUAAAUACUGUUGUUAGGCGGCCAAGCGAUGGGAAGCUUAUAGGUUAUAACACAGAUUGCGAGGCUUCCAUAACUGCAAUCGAGGAUGCUUUAACCCUGAAAGUUAAUGGAUGGACUAACGGAGCAGCAUUCCAUCCCUCACCGCUCUCUGGAAAACUGUUCGUAGUAGUUGGUGCUGGAGGUGCAGGGAGAGCCCUGGCAUUUGGGGCUAAGACUAGGGGUGCUCGGGUUAUAAUUUUCGACAUUGACUUCGGUAGAGCAAAGGCUCUCGCUGAGGCAGUGUCGGGCGAAGCUCAAUCAUUUGAAGUCUUACCUUCUUUCCAACCUGAGAGGGGUUCCAUCCUUGCAAAUGCCACACCAAUGGGAAUGCAUCCAAAUACAGAUCGCAUCCCCAUAGCUGAGGAAACGCUAAGCAAUUACCGAGUUGUCUUUGAUGCCGUCUACACCCCAAGGAAGACUACUCUACUGAAAGCAGCGGAGGCCGCUGGAGCGAUUGCUGUUAGUGGAGUUGAAAUGUUUCUCCGUCAGGCCAUGGCCCAGUUCAAUCUCUUCACUGGGCACAAAGCACCUGAAGAGUUUAUGCGAGAGAUCAUUAUGGCUAAGUUCUGAUUCUCAAAGAUCGAUCACGAGUGCGUUCGCUCAGAUGAACCAGCAAGGAUAUGAUUGUCAUUUGUCAAGAAGAAAAGUGUUAACUAUCGUAGUAGUUCUUAUAAGUUAAUUUAUUUUGUUCUUAGAAUGUGCAUUAAACAAUAAUAUCAAACAGAAACUCUCUUGUAACAAGCUAGAGUUACUGAAUAACAUUUGUAGUGUGCACCGUUUUAACCGUUGCUAUUUGGAGUAUAUCAUCUAGGUUGCAUACUUGUAGGGUUAUAUUAUACGUAGUAUAAUCUUGCAAUUUAUGAUACUCCCAUGUCUCGUUAGAAGGUUCCCG